CACAAUUCUAAUGGUGACGUGUAGCGGCCAUUUUCUAAAUACCUGACAGGGCUAACAAUUUAUUUACUGUUUUGAAGCUUGUACAACUUGAUGUUACAUUUGUAACAAGACCGUUUUUCGCCAUGAACAUACAGUUUAGCCUUUUGUUGGCAUUUUUAGCCAGCGCACCUCAUACUUCUGCCUUCUAUUUACCUGGUUUGGCACCUGAAACUUACUGCGAUGUCAACUUUGCCAAAGACGAACCGUCACACUGGGCGAACUGCAAGUCCAAUGUGUCGAUAUUUGUAAACCGUUUGAACUCACUGGAAACUGUUGUACCAUAUGAAUAUAACUUAUAUGAUUUUUGCUCAUCUGGUAAUGACAAUUCACCAGUUGAAAAUCUUGGGCAAGUCGUAUUCGGUGAGAGAAUUCGACCUUCACCAUAUAAAGCUACAUUUAAACAGGAUGAAAAAUGUAAAUCUGUUUGUCAGAAAAUUUAUAAGAAAGGAGAUCAAACCAGUAUUAAGAAUUUGAAAUUUUUAGCUCGGGGAAUUAAACUGAAUUACCAGCAUCAUUGGAUUAUAGAUAAUAUGCCUAUAACUUGGUGUUACGCUGUGGAGUCCGGCGGUAAUUUCUGUUCUACUGGAUUCCCAGUUGGUUGCUAUGUCAACAAUAAAGGAAGAAGAAAGGAAGUUUGUCAGCUUGAUCCACGUCUAACAGAGCCAGGAACACAUUAUCUAUUUAACCAUGUAGAGAUUACUAUAGAAUACCACGCCAGUGACGGAGCUGAAUGGGGUGAUUCAUACAAAAACGGUGGAAGAAUCAUCGGAGCUAAAAUAACACCAAGAAGUAUAAAUCACAAGGCAUCUGGAAGUGGAGCCUGUGGCAAUGAUGUACCACCGCUUGGUUUUAAAGAUGCUGACAUUAAAGAUGAUUUAAAAUUUAACUAUACUUACUCCAUUACGUGGCUGGUAAAUAAUAAUGUCAAAUGGUCAUCAAGAUGGGAUUAUAUUUUACAGUCUAUGCCUAAUACAAAUAUCCAGUGGUUUAGUAUAAUGAACUCCCUAGUUAUUGUAUUAUUCCUGUCUGGUAUGGUGGCCAUGAUUCUUUUACGAACUCUACAUAAAGAUAUCGCUCGAUACAACCAGAUGGAUAGCGCUGAGGAUGCUCAGGAAGAAUUUGGUUGGAAGUUGGUCCAUGGAGAUGUUUUCCGUGCUCCAAGAAAGGGCAUGGUUCUAUCCGUGCUAACGGGAUCUGGAGUACAAAUCUUCUUCAUGGUUCUUAUAACACUCUUAUUUGCUUGUUUGGGUUUCCUGUCACCAGCCAAUAGAGGAGCUUUGAUGACAUGUUCAUUGGUACUGUAUGUAUGUCUCGGAACACCAGCGGGAUAUGUCUCUGCUAGAAUCUAUAAAAUGUUUGGUGGUGAAAAAUGGAAAUCCAAUGUUUUGUUGACAGCUUUCUUAUGUCCUGGAGUUAUUUUUGGAAUCUUCUUUGUAUUGAAUUUGUUGUUGUGGAUAGAAAAAAGCAGUGCAGCCAUUCCAUUCUCCACUCUCAUUGCCUUAUUGGCUUUAUGGUUUGGUAUAUCAGUACCCCUCACCUUUGUUGGAGCUUAUUUUGGAUUUAAGAAAAGACCUAUUGAACAUCCUGUAAGAACCAAUCAGAUUCCACGACAGAUACCUGACCAAUCGUUUUACACAAAAGCCAUCCCAGGAAUUAUAAUGGGUGGUGUUUUACCGUUCGGUUGUAUCUUCAUUCAACUCUUCUUUAUAUUAAACAGUAUAUGGUCCCAUCAGACAUAUUAUAUGUUUGGUUUUCUUCUCUUAGUUUUUCUUAUUUUAAUUGUUACAUGUUCUGAGGCCACCAUUUUACUUUGUUACUUUCAUCUGUGUGCUGAGGACUAUCAUUGGUGGUGGAGAUCGUAUUUAACCAGUGGUUUUACAACCGUCUAUUUCUUCAUCUAUUGUAUUCAUUUCUUCGUAUCGAAAUUAGAGAUGUCAGGGGCUGCAAGUACAUUCCUGUAUUUUGGUUAUACAGCUAUAAUAGUUAUUCUCUUCUUCUUACUCACUGGUACAAUGGGAUUUUUCUCGUGUUUCUGGUUUGUGAGUAAAAUAUACAGUGUUGUUAAAGUGGACUAACUGGUUAAUAAAGUCUAUAUAACAGAGGGAAAUAAUGGCAAGUCUGCUGUGAAACAGAAGGGAAGCCACAAAUAAUGAAGGGUUUAUAUCAAGUUUAUUUUUUGUUAUGAGUUAAUUAUAUCGGAUCUGUAGCAUCCACAUGCACGACACAUGAUGUGAUUGUUAGUUUCUUUCAUUGAUAUUUAUUUUAACAAUUAAAUAUUUGUUACACAAUUGGACAAAUUCAAAGAAUUGUCAGUGUUAAAAAAAAAAAACUCAAUAAAUGUGUCAAACAAUUAGAUAUACAUUGUAUUGUUCAGUCUGUGAGAAAUAUAUUUUCACAUGAUAGAACAAUUUAUGUUUUCUAGCGCUGAAGAAAGUCAAUAACUGCAACAAAUAAUCACAUAGUGUGUGAUUUGUGUAAAAAAACAUUACAUUUAAGGGGAGGCACUGCUCGACAAAUAUGAAUUUUAAAAUAACUGGCUUCUAAUAAUGCUAUCAACUUGAAAUUUUCAGGAAUUGUUCACAUCGACAAAAUAGGCUAAUCGGCAGUUUUGGGGGAAUCUGCUUUACUGGUUACCAUGGAAACAAAAAAAAAUCAUUUUUACUGCUUAAAAAAAAUCGUUCUCUGAAAGUAUCAAAGGUAGAAGCCUGGAACUUUUUUUAAAAUGUUCCUACGACAUUUCUCUGUGCAAUUAUCAAUAUAGUGUUGUUAUUGUGUCCUUACAUGUCAUUCUAUGUCAACAAAACAAAAAUUAUGAAAAAUGUUGUUUUCAAUGAGAGAUUUCAGAUGCCAAUUUACUACACUAAAAAUUCAUUUAGAGUACUGAAAAUCCUUAUUUGCAUGGAACUAACAUUACUUAAGUAUGUGUGUAAGUUUCAGACAUAUCUGUUGUAAACUUUUCAAGAACGAUUUUUUGUAAGGUUGUCGACUGUUGAUAUUUUACUUUUUGAGAAAUUAAGACAUAAAGAGGUAAAACAGCAAAAUUUGAAUUGCAAGAGUGUUCAAAAGUGCAUUUUUUCUAUCAUAAACCACUUUAUAUGUAUUUUCUUUAAUUACAAGUGAAUUAAAAAUGAAUGAACAUCACAAAUAUGCAAAUAUAAAAAAUCGAUAAUUUGAGUCAAAAUUGACAUUUGUCGACCCUUGCCUCCCCUUAACGAAAACUGUAUUUAGACAGAGAUUUUACUAUUCUCUAGUUGAUAAAACUUGGCACAUAUCAUGUCACUAAUGAUUAUUAUUGGCAAUAAACAAUUAAAAAUAUAUUGUAUGUAAUUAUUAGAAUGCACUGUAACUUAUAUGUAGUUAUUAUAAUACGCUGUGAGUUAUAAUACAUUAUAUGAAGGUGUUAUAAAUGCGCUAUGAGUUAUAUUAAAUUAUGUAAUUAUUAGAAUGUACUGUGAGUUGUAAUAAGUUAUAUGUAGCUAUUAUAAUGCACUGCGAGUUAUAAUGAAUUACAUAGUUAUAGUUAUUAUAACUGUCACCAAAUAACAAUGAAUGCCAUGCUUAAGUGACCAAGUCCAACUAGAGAAUAUUAACCCUUUGAACCCAGAGCUCUGUUACUUCUUGGCCAUCUCUUGUUUGGGAAGGGUGUCACAUCUCCAUCAUUUAAACAUUAAUUGUAUAAUCACCAAUUUUCUUGCCAGAUGUAAAGAGCUUUGUGGUCAGUGGGUUGGUGUUCAAAGGGUUAAUCUACCUGUGGAUAACCUGUAGUGUAGCUGAAUAGAUUUCACAAUGAGGGGAAAGAUUAUUAGAAUAUAUUGUUUAUAUGAGUUGUUAACAUUGUAUAUAUUUUUAUUUAAUUGUUGUUUAUGUUGAAUUGACCUCUUUCUCAUUGCCUUUCGAUGUCUGUCAGUCGCCUUAUACAUACUAGAUCUAGAGGAAACUGUGAGAUUUUUAUAAUUGACCUAUGAUAGCAAAAUGAUUCAGAAGUCCCUACUCUUUUACCACAUGAAUAAAAAUGUUAAAAUAGGUUAAAAUCUAAACUUUUUAAUAUUAUAACACGAAAGGUAAAACUAUAGAUAUGAUAUAUGAAACAAAUUCAACAUUUUAUAUUUUAGCCUUUUUCGACAUUUUUAUUCAUAUACCGUAAAAAAAAAAAAGAAAUGACUCGAGACUUUUAUUGCUGGCACGGGUUACUUAUUAUAAGUAGAUCUCCUUAAAGUGAGCAGAAUGUUGUGGCUUGUUUGGCUUAAAAUAUUUACAGGACAAACCAAGCAACUGGGGACAUCUCAGAACAGUGAAGGUUUGAAGCAUAGGUCAAACCUGUUGAUGAUUAAUGUAGAUGUGUAUAUGUAGAUAUAUAAAUUUGAACUGCUUGUUUCUAUCACCCUGAAAACUUCACAUGUUUGAUGUAAUUUUGCCUGAACUGUCAAGGGUUCAUUUGACUGCACAGUUUUUGUUUAGCAUAAGAUCUGUGUUGUGUAUUUGAUCCAACUCUUAUCAUAUGUAACAAAAAGUCUGGCCAUGUGUAGCAAUUAACUAGGCCUGUAAUAAAGAGAACAAGGCCGAUAACAUGAAGUUUGUGGAAUUGUUGAAAAAUAGGAAUUAUUCAAACCACAUAUUCUAUUAUACCCUUCUUGAUUAGCCCAGUCAGUGCAGAAAUGUAGGAUAUUUAAAACCAUUUUAUUUAUAUUAUAGAAGACAACUAUAUCCAUAUAUACAUGUAUGUUCCAUAUCACUCUACUUUUAAUCUCUAAAUUAUAACAUACUUAUGCAACAACAGCUGCUGAUUUAUUUGGGCGAGGUUUUGGAGAGUAUAUAACAUUAAUAGAAUAGGCUUCGAAACAUAGUCCAGAUAAAUUAGUAGCUGUGUAUUGCACUUUUCAGUUACUAAAUGCCUCUAAAAAAAAUUUAAAAGCCAAGUUGGUUCCUUUAUGAUUAAUUAUAUAUGUUUAUAGAUACAACUACUUACUCUGUCAGUGUAUAUACAAAUUAGAAUUUUGCUACUUUGUUGAUACUUUUCACAAUUUAUCUAUUAUAAAUAUAUAUGUUAUUUUUAUUAAGCUUAUUAGUUGAUUGAUAUAUGAGAAAAUGUUAGGUAAUAUAAUAUAAAUUAUUCAGUAUUUAUUGUGUUUGGAAGAAAAAAGAUUUGAAAACGAACUGAAGUGUAAAAUUCUGUUUAAAAAAAACUGAAAGAAAAGCUGUUUAUUUCAUGCUUUCUUAAACCUAGUGUGCCUUACACCAGACAUUUUCAGUUUUAUUUACUGUUCUGUAGUAAAAUUCAAUGACUUUUACGCAAAUUCGAUUUCUCUCUUUCUCAAUUGCUUUUGUUUCCCUAAAAAUGAAAAAUAAACGAAGAUUUCUUCUUUAGAUUUGUUUGAAUCAAAGAUGAUUUAUCUACUUAACCAUGAGAUAAAAGCUAAACUAAAUGUCAGUUUACUCGAUCUCUGUAAUAAUUAAAUAAGUUUUAUAUGAAACUGAUUCUUUUACUCGAUCUCUGUAAUAAUUAAUCAAGUUUUAUAUGAAACUGAUUCUAAUUCCUGUCUACUGUGUAAGCUAGGGAGAGGUCUUUAAUACAGGUUAUACCAUGCCUGUUCCCCAAUCUCUAUGUAGAUAAAAAUCUGAAUAAAAAAUAUUGUUUAUAAAUAAAUAAAAAAAGACUGUAAGCUAUGCAAUGUAAAAACAUUUUCCUUAUCUUUUCUACGAAAAAUAAUUUUUAUAACGGCAUCUGUUUCGCUUUCUGAAAUUUCUUCUGUAUUUAUUGAAUGGAGAGCCAUAUUACCCCCCCCCUCCCCACUUUAAUGUUUAUUAUACUAGCUAGUUUGUGUGUCUAUACUUUAGCUUUAAUAACAUUUAUGACAUACGUUAUCUUCUCCACAAAUUAUUCUGUUUGUUCGUUUUUACAAUAGUUAUUGUUAGGAUCCUUCGCAAUAUUUCAACACUUACGUUCAAACCCAGCCACCUGCUCAUCUGCAUUGACAGAGUAAGAAAAUGUUGAAAUAGCUGAAAUUUUAAUUUAUCACUUUCUCUCGUUUAACCCACCCACUCGGUUAUACAGGUUAUUCGUUAGUGGGGUGUGGUUGGUUGGCCGAACAGUUAACACAUGCGCGUUGCAUCAUAAAAUCUGUCAUCGAUUCAUGUGGCGUGCUUUCGAUUCCCUGUUCCUAUGUGAGGAGCUGUAGGGUCACCUGUCCAACCUCGUGGGUUUUCUCUGGAUCCUCCAACUAAUAAAGACCCCAACAUGCAAGUGAAUUAUUGAAAUAAAAUUUAACUAUAUGUUAGUCCCGAAAUGAGCUAGUUUGUGGUGAAUGGACAUUAAACCCCAUUUCUCUCUGUCUCUAUUUGUUAGGAUGCAAGUGUUGAAUUUUGUGACGGUCUCUUAUUGUAUGUGACUAAUACAGUGACUGACUUGGCUGACUUUCAGGUGAUCUAACAGAAUUGAAAGAAAACUGGAUUGGUGGCUAACACUGUCAAUGUAUAAACGUAUGCUGGUGUUUUACGACAUGUGACUAAUAUCUUGACAGCAUUGGCCGAAUCAACAGAAUGACAAUAUUACAAAAGGAUUGGCGGCUAACGCUGUCAAUGUAUAAAUGUAAGUUAGUGUAUUACCACAUGUCAUGUGGAUAAUACCUUGACGGCAUUGACCGACUUUCAGGUGAUGUAACAGCUAUUAGAAAAUGAUUGGAGGCUUACACUGAUGUUGAUGUGUUUGUAUAUAGUAUUAUUUUUUUAUGGUUAUGUUAUUUCCGUUACGAGGGAUCAUUAUUGAAUCAUUUAUCAUAAAAUUUGCAUAAUCCUCUUCAAAUAUAUGAAUAUAUAUAGAAUGACUGACAUCUAACAUAGCUUAUUUAUUAUUAUACUUUUAUUGUUAAAAAUCAGAUUCGUACGUGGUUGUUGUGACUAACACUAAAGACAUUUGAUAUAACGUUAUAUUAUUGACGUACACCAACAACAGUGUUAUAUUGAAGCCUCUGUAUAUAAUUCAUACUUCAUUGUCGUGACUAUAAUCUGAUCUAAAAUGUGUUUGAUACUAGCCAGCUAUAUGGUGGGCUAUCUUGAUGUAUACCAACAACAGUCUUAUAGUGAAGCCCUUGUAUAUUAAUCAUAUAUCGGCACACGGCAGGUUCUCUCUGUAAAGCUCCCAUAAUGCCUUUUAAAGCUUAGUGACAGUAGAUAGGCCAAUAACAACCAAUUAAAGUUGCAGGUACAAAUGUCUUUUACUGUCUAACCCUAACCAACUCCACCCACGACUGGAUUUACUUAUAGGCUUGAUAGACUGAAGCCCAGUGAUUUUCUUACACAAGCUGUAGUAUUAAACACCCAUAAUCAUACUCGGCUUUGCCUAGUUGUUUGAUUUGGGAGCAGCCUCUCUUCAACUAAAUCCUGCAUUGCCCCCACCGAUCGGUGGCUCAUCGGAGAGAUCACUGAUUGGUGGCUCAUCUGAGAGAUCAUCACUGAUUGGUGGCUUAUCUGAGAGAUCAUCACUGAUUGGUGUGCUCAUCUGAGAGAAAAUCACUGAUUGGUGUGCUCAUCUGAGAGAUCAUCACUGAAUGGUGGCUCUUGUGAGAGAUCAUCACUAAUUGUUGGAUCAUCUGAUAUGAUGGUUUACUAAUAAUGCUCAAAAAUAGAACAAAUUAUAAAUUUAACAAAUUGUUUCAGGGUAUUUACCAAUAUUCUCUUAUAAUGUAAGUUCUGGGAUUCAGAAUAAAUGAAAAGACACGAUUGUGGUAGUUGGUUGAUUAUUGACUGAAAAUAGAAAUAAAUAUUGUUUAGAAAGAUCAGGUUUAGCCUUUAACACUUGGUCCAGGUAUAUAUUGACCAACCCAGAUCCUUGAAGAAAAUUAGAGCAAAUUGAUAUAUUUAUACCAGAACAUCCAUGGACAAGACCAAAACAAUCUGAAAUGGCUGUUCCUUAGACUGACUCAAACGGCCGGAGAUCUGUAAAUAACUUUCCUUAUUAUAGAACCAUUUACCAGUUCAUGAGGGGUGGUCUAAGGAGCCCUGUUUAAGGUGGUUUCGGGAGGUCUUAAUCCUUACACCUUAAAGAAAAACUGAUGGUGUUCUUAAAAUUAAUUAACAUUCAACGAUUUUAAGAUCCUUGUGUUGCAGAAUAUGUAUUAAGAUAGCACUGUGUAUUGAAAUUUGGAAUAUUUCAUCUGCUGUACGUGUGUCAUAUAUAUUAUAAUUUAAAACACAAGGGGAGAUAAUUGAAAAGUGCUAUAUAUAUUAAAACAUGACAUCAUACUUAUUUAACAUUGUGUAUUUAAUGUUGCUUCAUAACAUUUCAAGCAGUUUAUUAUUAAUUGUAUUAUUAUUACCUGUGGUGUGAUUGUUCCGAUUAUGAUAUUUUUUAUGUACAUUUGGGAAAUAAAAUAAAUCACGGCUUU